CCCUUUUUUCUCUGGAGUGUCAAUUGUGUUCUCUCUUUACCCUUUACACCCAAUAGCAAUAACAUAACAUGAAUGGCUAUGGACAGGAAAACUCACUCUGCUAUUUCCAUCCCAAAGAAGUUGUUGUUGGGGUUUGUCAUCUCUGCUUGAAUGAGAGGCUUCUUAUCUUGGCUGCAAAGCAGGGUCAGCACUCCUCCACUAGAGCCAGCCGCUGGAUUAAUGGCCCUGCCACCAAGAAGCCACCCAUCACUCUCCCCAAGAUCUUUGCCAUGGGUUCAUUUCUCCACCGUCUUGAUUUCCGGCGUUCUAAAUCCAGUUCUUCUGAUGAUCUUGAAACUUCAACAAGUCAAGAAGACUCCUUUAUCUCAAUAAAGUUUGAGGAGAAUGGCAUGGCCUCAUGGGAAAAGGGCACAAUUUCUAAGGUCUCUCUUGAGCAUUGCAGCAUGUCUAAGAACCCACCCUUAACCAAGGAGACCAACAAGAGUGUCAUAGAGCAUCCAAGGCCGCACGCCCAGCUUAGGUGGCGCAAGCGGGUUGCUCACAUGUUCCAGCUCAUGAGGUGGAAGAGGUCCAACAAGGGCAAUGUGAGCACCAAGGUUGAGGGAGUCAAGGUCAGGAAGGGUUGGAUGAGGACUUUUGCGAAGAGAAAAUAAGAAAGAGUAAAAGUGGUUUAAUUUUGCGUAUGUAAAAGGAAAAGCUUUUCCUCCUCCAUACCCACAGUUAUGUCUUUGGGGCUCAUUUGGGAAUGCAGAGUGCUACAUUUCUUUAGAAGGUAGAGUCAAAAUGUACUUUUAUCAUUCUUACAAAUUGCUUUGGCUUGUAAAGCUAAUGGGCUUGUAUUUCACUUUUGAUUUUGGUAAAUACUACUAAGCUGUAAAGGGGGUUCAAUUGUUUACCGGGUGCCUUGCUUUCAGAGUACCGUAAACAAAGGCAGAUACCUUAU